CCGGUGAGGAUGUCUACUCCUGCAAGGAAGAGACUGAUGAGAGAUUUCAAGAGGUUGCAGCUAGAUCCACCUGCUGGCAUCAGUGGUGCUCCCCAAGACAAUAAUAUCAUGCUAUGGAAUGCUGUUAUAUUCGGGCCAGAUGAUACACCUUGGGAUGGAGGUACGUUCAAACUUACCCUUCAGUUCACUGAGGAUUAUCCCAAUAAGCCACCGACAGUCCGCUUUGUUUCUAGAAUGUUCCACCCUAACAUUUAUGCCGAUGGUAGCAUUUGUUUGGACAUUCUGCAAAAUCAGUGGAGCCCAAUAUAUGACGUAGCCGCUAUACUCACCUCUAUUCAGUCGCUGCUGUGCGACCCCAAUCCAAACUCUCCUGCUAAUUCUGAAGCUGCUAGGAUGUUUAGCGAGAACAAGCGUGAGUACAACAGGCGAGUACGUGAAAUUGUGGAACAGAGCUGGACUGCUGAUUAGCCACAAAAUGGUUGUAGGCGAACAAAACAGAAAAGAUGGUCGAGUGGCUUGUUUGCAUGAUAUUGUGUACCUGGGAAGAAAACUGAUUUGUUUUGUAAUUUGCGUAUUAUGUGAUAUGCUUGCUUGGUUUAUUAAGAUGAACUGCUUUAGUCUAUUUCAAUUUGUCU